AAAGUUAUAUACCUUUUCUUUCGCACGAUACCUUUCUCCUUCCCCCUUUUCCGGCUGGCUUUCUCAAACCUUUUGGUUCUGCGAAUUUAGGGUUUUGAAAUGUGGAGAUAGGAUGGAAGCCUCUGAAUCAAUCUACGUUCCCAAUUCCAACAACAAAGACGCCGAAUCUGGUUUUCAGUCUUCACUUUCUCCUAAUCCCUAUCUCGAUCAUGCACCGUCUGAUCCCAAUCAUACGCCAGAGGAGGUCACACUGGUCACCCUUGGAAAGCUUCAGCAACUUAAUUUGAAGGAUAUAUCAGAGCCGUUGCCGAAGGAAGAGGCUGAGAAAGAUGGGAACUGCGAUUUUAAAGAGGCCCAGGAAGGGCAGGAGGAUGAGAAACGGAAGGGAGAUUCGAAUUGGGAAGAAGAGAAGGGCGGUGAGAGCGAAUGCAACGGUUGGGAUGAUAAUGGGAGUGAGAAUGAAAUUGUGAUUGACAAGCUCGUACUAGCAGAAGGUGAUGAGGUGGAGGAUACGGGUGAGAGAAAUGGUAUUACUGUUACCGAAAUGAUUCAGUAUCAGUACCCCGUGCGGCUCGAGGCCGAAGAUUGCGCCUUUUACCUCAAGACUGGGACGUGUAAGUUUGGAUCCAAUUGCAAGUUCAAUCACCCUGUGAGAAGGAAAAACCAGGCUGUUAGGGAGAAGGUGAAGGAGAGGGAAGAACCCUCAGAGAAGCCAGGCCAGACGGAAUGCAAGUAUUACUUGAGUUCAGGGGGGUGCAAGUACGGAAAUGCGUGUAGAUACAAUCACACAAGAGGCAACACUUCAGGAACCAUUCUUUUAGAUUUUAACUUUCUGGGUUUGCCAAUCCGACCGGAAGAAAAAGAGUGCCCCUACUACAUGCGUACUGGCUCCUGCAAGUAUGGUGCAAACUGCAAGUUUAAUCAUCCUGACCCUACAGCCGUGGGAGGAAGCAAUAAUCCUUCCGGAUAUGGUAAUGGUGGAUCUGCUACAUUGGGUUCUUCCCAAUCAUCGAUGAGAUCCUGGUCCUCACCUAGGCCAUUGAAUGAAACUGCUGCCUUUGUACCAAUGGUUCUUUCACCAACGCGCAGGGUUCCUCCCAAAAAUCCAGAAUGGAAUGGGUAUCAGGUUCCUGUAUAUCCAUCUGAAAGGAGUACGAAUUUUCCUGUCGCCUAUGUUGUGAGCCCAGCAGCGGCCGAACCUAAUGUCUAUAUGCACCAUCAGCAGCAGAUUCAAGUUGAAGAAUAUCCAGAACGACCUGGCCAACCUGAGUGCGGUUAUUUCUUAAAAACUGGGGAUUGCAAGUUUAAAUCAAAUUGCAAAUAUCACCACCCUAAGGAUAGGAUUGUGAAGUCACCCCCAUGCACUCUCAGUGACAAAGGUCUUCCUUUGAGACCUGAUCAGAAUAUCUGUGCAUAUUAUAGUAGCUAUGGCAUUUGCAAGUACGGGCCAGCUUGUAAAUUUGACCAUCCAAUACACCCAGUUUCUUCACCAAUGACUGGAGUUGAUCAGCAUCUUUCUUAUGACAAGGCUGGGGAGGCUGGAAGUCAAAGCGGAAGCGAUUCCAAUCUCCUGCAGACUCUGUAAAAAAAAUUUUGCACUAGAGGCCCUAGCAAUGUUAGCAUUCACAGAAUCACAGUACCAAGGAUUUGUAAGCUCAUAUUUUAUGUAACAAAACGAGAAUGGGGUUGUUUUUUAAAGGGGGCUGAGCAGAUUUGGUAACUGCAAAUUGCAAUGCCAAAAAAGCCCUCAUAGCUCUUUUAAAUUUUUAAUCUAUCAAAAUCUCAUUUCUUAUUUCUUA